CCUGGAACUGGGUCUAGCCAUACGUCUGUCUCUCCUCCCAGGAUUGCAACAAUAACCCGUCAUGCCUCUGGGAAAACCUGCCCCGCAGAACAAGCGGAAAAAUCUCGCCAAGAUCAUAACCGACCUAACACAUAUCACUCAGGAUGAGUAUGAGUCAGAUCCAGAGGCCGAGCUGGACCUGGGAACAAAGAUCAGGUCUCCCAAAGACAUCAUGCUGGAGGAGCUUUCCCUGCAGAACAACAAAGGUUCCAAGAUGUUCAGGAUGAGGCAGAAGAGAGUGGAUAGGUUCAUCUACGAGAACAACCCUGACAUCUUCAGCAGUGAGGCUAUGGACGACCUCCAGAAGUUUGUUCCCUCUCUGGGAGGUCAGAUGAGAGGUGACAUCAUAAAUGUUGGUGGACAUUUUGUAAGCAAACAGGUUGGACUGAAUUUUGUAGGGAUGCACGGCAAAGGAGGAGCUCCAGUGCCUCCUCCCAAGCCUGGAAGCAAAGGUGCAGGAGCAGGUGCAGGAGCAGGUGCAGGAGCAGGAGACGGAGCAGGGGCAGGUGGACAGGGUGGGGGCGACCAUGGGAAAGAAGGUGGAGAAGGAGACAGUGGGUGGUCUCCACUUAAAGGAGGUGGAAGUGAUGAUGCAUCUAAGACGAUGCGUAUUUUGAAGUUGUACGUGUCGCCAUGGGAGAAGGCCAUGAAGGGGGAUGAAAUUCUGGUAGCGACUAUGAAAGGUGGAAUGGCUGGUCCUUGUGAUGCAAAGGAUUUGCGCAAGUACAAAAGCUUCAACAGGUCUGCCAUGCCGUUUGGCGGUUUCGAGAAGGCCAAUCAGUUCUUGAAAUUCCAGAUGCCAGAACCUGAGGCCAAAGAGGAGCCUGAACCCGCGAUGGUGUACCAGCAUGAAAUCGGCUGCCGGCCUUCCUUCAACCGCACUCCUAUUGGCUGGGUGGGCAACGGUGAGCCGGGCAGCAUUCAUAUGGAGACAGAUGCUGUGCCCUUCGAUGGAGAGACCGACGAACUGUGAAGAAACAUCCAUACUGUGAUAACACUGACGUUGCAUGAAUGCUUGCAAACACGUUAAGCUUGUACACAACAGAAGAGCUUACGGUUAACUGUUAUAUUCAUGAAUUUGAUCCCUCAGUGUGGAUAACUGAAAGUGUAUAUGAAAUGUGGUCAUGUUUCUUUUUUGCUCUGUACGUGGUUUUCAGUCAAAUAAAAAAGCUUGUGUGAGGAUGAAACAUAACGUUUAUUUAAGUCUAUACGUUUAGUAAAAACAAUUGAUUUGUCAGAAAAGUUGCAGAUUUUGAAAGAAUUAAUGAAGUAUGAAGGAUAUAUUUAGGCUAUUUUACUGUUGAGCACAGUCAUGAUGUCACAUUUGUUAUUCACCAUACAGGGUCUUUUUGUUGUUAGGGAUUUCUGUUUAUUUGUGGAACUGUGAUAACCCUACAAUGAUGUCGCAAUGCAUGCUGAUCAUUCACCCUACCUUACCAACACUUUCUCCACAAUAAACCCUUUAAAACUGAAA